GUUUCCCGCGUCCAAGGAUGGCUGAAAGAAAGGUAAGGAGUGUCGUGUUGCUUUUUUUAAAGCAAAAACGUUGUUUUUUAUGCCCAUCAGUGCUCUGUCGUUAACGUUCUAAUAACAUAAGGUAUUUUUCGUUCAGUUUUGAGAAGAAAUAUUCGCACAAGAGCUCAUUUAGAUCAAAAUUUACUUCCUACUUACCUGUCUUCAAAGUAUGCCACCCUGCCUCAAGUUUUCGAUACUCUGUGUUUAUAGAUUUGCUAGUAUACUUCAAAUGUUAAAUUAAAUGAAAUUCUGGUCAAUUUUGGACCCGAGUUACAAACAUCAGUUCGAUGAAAGCGGAAUACGACCUAUUCCAGUCGUGGCAUAGAAGAUGAAUCCAGAAACCUGUGCCAAAUCUCACCAAAUAAUGACAGUAGUGCUUUAUUAAAUAAUCUUAUUUUUUGAUACUUUCUAUGUCAAUUUUUUAAUAAUUCUACCCUAAAAAAUUUUUGUCUACAAGAAAUACAAUUUGGAGUGUUUUGAGAGGAUCUUGUGUAAUCGUUGUUUGUUCAAAUCAGUGUUGUGCAGCUUUUGAUAUAGUGCUACUUUGUUCCAGGUUCUGGUUGAGUUUGGCGAAAGGCGUAAAGUUCUCUCUGUAGAAGAGGGCAACUGUAUGGUUAAACUAAUAAAGGAUGCAUUUGGAAUUGAAGGCGAAAUAUUGUUACAGAAAUUUGACAAAGAGUGGGAAGAAUUUAUUGAUGUUGAUUCGAGUGCUGUUGUAGAAGACAAGUCAAAGUUGCGUGUCAUUUCAAAGGUGUGCAAUAUGUGAUAGGAUUUGAAUAUUUAGCUAUUGUUGUAGUUGAUUUAUAAAGUCUGUAUGAUUUUCUUUGUUUGAUUGGCUGAAUUAAGGAAGUAACUCCAAUCAGAGACAGUCACAAUGAAAGGGCUGCCAAAUUUCCGAAUGAUUUUUAGAAAAAUAUUUACUCAUUAAAAUAUAAUUAUGUGGUAUUUUGCUCUCUGGCCUCAAUACAUCUCUGUUGUUCACAUUAACUGGGCAGUACCACUUCUAUUGUGUGACAAACGCUAAUUAACUUUGUUUGCUGAUAUAUACAGCCGUCAAGCCAUGUCCCAGCUGUUGAACCCACUAUAUGUGCGAUAUCAACAACCACAGGUAAUCAAAUUUAUUGACACCUUUCAUACCAGACAAAAGCUUGAACAUUUUUCUCUACUGAAGCUGUAAAUAGAUAGGCUUAGAAAAUCUGUUAUUCUUCCGCCACCUUCGACGAUCUGCACACUUCCACAGUUUCAUGAAUUUAGUAAAAUAGAAGAAGGCUUAUCAGGCAUCUGCUAAUGAAACAUAUUAGAUUACAUAUGCCAGUAGAUAAAAUAGUGCCAUUAUAGUAGUAGUGUUUAUUCUUUUAUAUUUAUAGUUUGCUCAGGAAGUCAAUCAACACUUGUCAUAAACAAUGGCAAGAUAGGGAUUGGCCCCAAAGUAAAGGUCAGUGAUCCUUGUGAGUGUAUUUUGUUCAAUGGUAGUCUGGUUCAGUAAUUUUAUGGUUAAUGAAGGAAAUAAUGCCCAUGCCUGUCUGCAGCAAGUAAUUACUAAUAAUGGCAUUCCAUUGUUAUAAAUUCAGCACUUUGAGUUUACUGAAUCAUGAUUAAUAUUCAUACAUGACUGUAAAGGACCUGUUUUCUCCAUCAGUGUAUAUUGGUUUAUAUAUUGAAUUCUUAAAGUGAAAUGUAAGUACAACAGAUUUCAACAUAGAAAAUCACCUUCAAGAAGCGUCCUACUCCAUGUUUCAGGAUUAAUAAACCAAUAAUAUUUUAUACAUUUGGUAUUCAAGUUAUUUUGAUACAUUGAAUUCUUGCAUGGAGAAGUCAUGGGGAAAAACAAAAAUAUCCAUAAACUAUUCAUUUGUCAAUACUGAUCGGUAUUUUGUUUUGUUGCUCUUAUGCUGGGACUCUAGUUGUACUGUAAGAAGAAAAAUAUUUUCUCAUCAAAAUUGGUUAAAAUGUGAAAAUGAAGUGAUUGAUUGUCUUUUAAUAGAUAGUUCUUUUUGUUUGUGUCAAAGGUGACUGGACAGAGUACAAAAAAUAGUCAACAGGUGAUCAGUGCAGCCAUGAUAUAUGGAAAGGGCUCGUCAGACAAGGUGUUAACACCCUACCAGAUUUCAGUAAAUGAGGCUGCAGGUAAACUGGCUCUUGAGAAUCCUUCCCUGCUUGACCAAAGGGGUAUCCUGUAUGAGAAAGCCAAAGAGGCAGUAAGGGGUGAUAGUUGCUUUGUGUUUAAGAAAGGAAAAUCCCGAUCAAAAUCAGUUGAGGAAGUAGAACCAGUACCAUCCAAGAAACAAUAUACCUCGGACACAUUCAGAAAGGAACACACUGCCCAGCUUCUUGAAGACAUAGAAGGAAAGCAGCAGCAACUGAAGUACAAACAGCUUCGUCAAAGUAAAGCACAGGCAUCUAAAGACUGGGAGACGUGUGAUAAGCUACAGAAGGAAAUGGCCACAUUAAGGAAGGAAGUUUUUGAGGCCCAGAAAGAGCUUAAGUUGUUUCAAAGGAAAGAAAAGAAGUGUAAGUGGUACAAAAAAAAGGCAAACCAAAGCACUGGUGUCACAGUUUCGAAUCAGGCCUCUAUUGACGUUUACAGGAAAGGAACCAACAAUAAAAAAAGAUGAAUCCCAGUCAGGCCCCUGUGGUUCUAUGGCAAGAAAGCUGUACCACUACACAGCCCGGCAGUCCUUCCAUGGUUCCUGAGGCUUUAGACCAAGAAAGCAGUGGUCCUCAUGUAUCAGUGGCUUCAGGACAAGAGACUUUGAAGGCUACACAGCUCAGUAACAGUCCCCAAGUUUCUGUGGCAUCUGAGCAGGAUUUUGUGGAAAGCCCCUCAGGAUAUGUUGAGGGGCCUGACAGUGACGUUAUUUUGUUAAAGAGUUUUAAAGAUUUGUCUUACUGUGUUAGAGUUGAUGAUUUUACUGACAUUUCUGCAUUACAAGGAUUUACUUUAGAGAGUUACGUUGCCACAAAGGAAAAAAUAUGCAUUGCAGAACAUACCCAACCUUGUAAAUUGUGUACUGGAUUGUUAACAGUUGCAAAACGAAUUGCUGAUGAUGGGUACAUUAGAUUAAAUGAAGCAUUCUCAAUAUCCAGCCCCGGUGUGAAGUAUAAGUCAACACAUGCCAAAAGAAAACUUCUCCAAAUGCCUCUCGCUGCUAUCAGGAUAAAAGAGAAAAAUAACCAUGCAGUUUUCCUUGUUCCAAGGGAAAGCAAUUUAGAAUUAGCUCGAAGCCUCUUGUCAAGAUUGGACAGUGAAUUUGACAUCUUUGGUAAAGAGCAUGUCAAGAAAAGUGUAACGCCUAUUAAAGACGUUUUAGCAGCUGUCGAGUCAGAUGCAGAGAGGGAAAGGAUUACCUAUGCUGUUGCUGCAGCAUCUGGGCAAAGCAAUACAAAGUUAAGAAGCAUCUAUGGUUUUGAAGAUAUACAGAGAAGAAAGGAAAGAGUAGAAAAUGCUUUAAGAGAAGCAAGAGAAAUCAGGGAGGCGGUAGACUCCAUUGCAACUAUUCAAGAAAAAGCUGUACUGUCAUCAUUCGGUAUUCAAGUUGACAGUGAUGAUAGUGAUGAUGAUGAAGAAAGUGAAACUGAUACAGAGAAUGAGGAGGAAGACAAUAAUAGGGAGUCACAAGAGGAUGACCCAGUGAAUGGCACGACUGGAGAUUCAGUGGUGAUUGACAUAACUCAUCAGUUUUCUCUCAGCAAGCAAAUAACCGAUACAGGAUCAGUGUAUCAGAAUUCUCAAGAACUGAUGGACCUACUAAGAGCCUGUGAACUUAACUGGUUUCUUUUUGUUGAAGUUAUUGAACAGAAGUUAAGCGGCUACACCAAAGCUGCCAUAGAUCAGAUCCUCUUAGACUUCAGUGGCCAAAUCCAGUUGCUUAAGUUGAAUGAAAGGGAAGAGUCUAUUAUAGAACAGAGCAGACAGGCAUAUCUUCUUUCAGAAAGACUACAAGGAAACCAGUCAGAUGUGGAUGAUGAUGCCAUCGGAUCUGAAACUGAAGAAAGUGGUGCAGAUUGGGGAAACAUUCAUGAUCCCCUACAACCUGAAGCACGGGCCAUUAUCUCCCAAAAGGUGAAGCAGUUAAAAAUAAAUGCAAGACGAAAAGCAGCCCAGAGGAUAGCAGAGGCUAGGUUUCUGAGACGAAAGAGAGGGAAGAAUGUUGGAAAAAUUCUAAAAGAGUGCCCAGAUAUUGGUUCCACCAUUGAGAAUUAUGUGAAGAGUGCUGGAGUAGGAGCUGAGAGUUGGAGAAGAACUGGGAUUCUUACAUUUGAUGGAAAUCGGAAAGUUGAAAAAAAGCAACUUUCAGUAGAAUAAAAGAGCACUUGGAACGAGUUUACCAAAGAAGGUUUGGAUAUGGGACUGUGGUGCAACUUUGUGUUGCAAGAAACAAAAAGACGGUUGUCUGCCAGUCGGUAUAAAGGCCUUGCAAAGGUCACAUGUCGCCGAGCCCGAAAAGGCUUUACAAUACGAUAUAAUCCAGAUAAGCAUUGGUCAUCUGCCCUAUACAGGGCCCUUGAUGCUUUGCAGCUCAAAGACGGCACAGAUAUCAUCAACAUAAAUCGAGAUGACCAGGCUGGGUUUCGGUUAGAUACCUUAGCCACCCAUAACAAGCAAGCAACAUUGUGCAUACAGGAUAGUGUUCCACUCACCACCAAGACAGACUAUGUGAACAAAUACCCGUCAACACUUCAAACGACUUCAUACAACUUUUCCAGCACAGGCACAACAGCAGAGAUAUGUGCUGGCAUUGUUAAGGCCAUCCCACUUCAUCAGAAGAAUCCCGCACAACAUGCACAUGAUUUGAAUGUGAUUGAGACAUAUUCAGAGGUGGAGCCAGCGUUUUUCAACCAUAUUACCGGAGAGAGAAAAGAGUAAGGUUUGUGUCAGAGUGGAUGGAGGGCAUGAUGAAGGGCCGUCACACAAGGAGGUUCAAUUUUGGUGGACUAACUACCACCUCGAAAAGUCAUCUAAAGUGCUCAUAGUAACCACUAGAGAUAGUGGCUCCAGCAACCGAAACAGAGUGGAGUUGCAGAACGGAUGCCUGGCUCUCGGCCAUAGCAAUUUGUUUAUCCCUUCGACUCUGAAUGGUUCUUGUUUUGACUCCAAAACUGGUAAGAUCGAUGACAAUAAACUUAAGGAGAAUCUUAACGAUGCUAUUGAUAUUUACAUCAGCAGGGUGAACAAAUCCCCAUGUGCGAACACCAACAUUCAUCUUUAUAAGGGAACAGAUAGCUCAUGUUAUCAAACACUGAGAGCGUUCGUCAAGGUAUUCCUUAAAGGAAACCCAGCCGAAAAAGCCAAUUUGAAGAAUGAACACCCAGGAACGUAUAAUUGGAUCGAUGAAGUUUGGUCGUUACGAAAUCGUCACCUGGUGUCUGGUAUGCCAUCCAAGUAUGUUUUCCAUCUAUUUCUGUGCUACCAACCUAGUUGUAUCCACCCCUUGUGCAAGUUAGGAGCACCACCUAAAGAGGAAACUUGGUAUGACGGAGGACCUCCACUGAGUUUCACUCCACUUCCUGUUGCAGACCUGAACAGGUAAAGAAACAAAAAAAAAACGCACAAGCUCUUUCUUGUUUCUGUAGACUUAUCGGCCUUUUUUACCUAGGUCCUAUGGCAAUCCAGCGUGUGCUGACUGUAAAGGCAAGACAUGUGCAGGACACUAUAUGAUGCCUGACGAGUUGUUCUGCUGUGAUGAUUCAACUAGAGUGGCAUCUUCGCCUCCAAGUGAAGUACUGAAAACUCUGUAUGACAAGGAUGCAAAAGACCUGGAGGAGCAGCUAAACAAGUCCUUCUACCCACAAAUGAGGUAAGACACAUUAGAAUUGUACUGACCAGAAUUUAAGAUUCAUUACAAUUUCUGCUUAGGACAAUAAUAGAUUUAAACCCAACAACUUUUUUAAUAACCUCAAGGUUGUGCUGUGGUUUACCCACCUAAAGACUGUUCAGGACAACAGAAAGAGAGGAGCAGCAAAGGCAGCCCAAACAAGGAAAAAGAAAGGAUGCAACAAGAAAGGCUCAUCGAUGGUCUGUAUAUUGAUUUUAAGUAAAAGUAGACAAAAACACAGUUACUCCCACAAUACCGUUUUAUUGCAAUUCAAAAUUGUCAUGAUUUAAAUUGGGCACUGACUUGGGCGCUUCUUUCGUUUAAGGUACUCUGUGGCUACUGCAAAAAAGAAGACCCAAAAGAUGAUAAAGCUGAAACUGUAGAAUGGAUCCAGUGUGAUACCUGUGAUAAUUGGUACCACCAAGUCUGUGCAUUAACCCCUCUUGAUGACGACAUGUUUUGGCAUUGCACAUUUUGUGUUGCUGUAAAUACUAUGUGA